GUCAACUCAAUAUAAUUUUUCGGGUCUAGAGAGCAACCAACCAAGUUUCCAAAUCAAUAAAACAAAUCAGAAAGGUAAAAUGCAACUUAUAACCUCGUUUGAGCAUAUCAAACUGAAUUAAUUGGGAAAAUUACAAAGCUUGAAAAGUGGUUCCAUGUCCCGUUAGACAAAAACUUGCGAUAAAAUAACUGUUCACACACAGAGUGGACUCCACAAAAAUGAUACUUCCGGACUACUUUUUCUGUGACCAGCUGAACAAUGCCACCUUCAUGAGAAGAAUCCACACGCUGGAUGACAUUCUGCCGUUCAAAAUCCCACUCAUAGACAUGGAGACGUGCAUCACCCUCAAUGCAGUCUUCUAUCUCCUACUCAUUUCCGGCUCAUUCGGGACUCUGCUUAACUUCGUCAUCGCUUCCUCCUAUGUCGUCAAAUUCUUCCGGGAAACCUCCGAGUUCAACCAGAGUGACCUGCUCAUCAUCAGCAUGGCUGUUCUUGACUUCCUAAGUGCACUGAUGUUAUUAACGGGCACUGCCUUCAUGGUCAAUCAGCCCAUAGAUUCAAGCAGGGCUCUCAUGGAAAUCAGCUGCUCUAUUGUUUAUGGGGGCUACACUCUUGGCAGCCGGACUACAUACUUGAUGAUGUUGCUGAUAGCUGUGACUAGAUACGUGGCCAUAUGCAGACCCCAAGACUACUACACGUGGUUCUCAAGGCCCAAAUUGAAUUUCUAUCUUGGGCUGUUAUUUGUCAUCUCGUUUUUCCAAGUGGCGGCCCAGCAGGUAAUCUCCUGCCACUUGCCUCUCAAAUGGUUCCAAGUCAGAGACGGAUCCUUCAGACAGAUAUAUGCGAACUUCGGAGACCACUACCCCACUUUCAAGCUGAUGUGGCAAGUGAACGUGUACGAGAAAUUCAUUUUGCUCAUGAUAAUUAUCUCGAUCAUCAGCACCCUCUACAUCAAGAUCAUCAACCACAUGAACAACAUCACCCCCAUCCAACUGAUCAACUCAGACGAUGAGAGCCAAGUGCGGACCAUCAGGAGGACCUUCAUCCUCUAUCUACUCUAUCUCUACUUCAUCAUGUUCCCCCAAAGUGGGCUGGAGAUGUUCUUCACUUAUGAGCUCCUCAAUGAGGAUUUGCUGACGAAGAACCCCAACGAACUGUAUAAAAACCUACGAAUUCUGAUGGAGGUCCAGUUCAUCUAUUCGUCCAUCUACGUCUUAAACCCCAUCACCGUGUUCUGGCUCAAUCCAAACCACGGUCCCACAAUCAGAGACUUUUUCCUCACUCUCUUCGAGGCUGUUGGCUUGUACGUUCAGGACGAGGAUUCAACAGACUACCGGUGGAGGUGGCAGAAAAAGAGCGUGAUUCCUUUGUUAAUUAACGAUCUUGAACGAGUUGAUACAAAUGAUAGUGUUAAACUUAUUAAUCUUGAAGAAUUUGAAUGAUUAUGGGUGCUCUUCAGAUAACAUUUGAUAGUUUUUACAGUUUUACUCAAUGCGGAUACUGAAAAAGGAGGAGACGGCUCUGGACAAAUGUUUCAUUUCAGUUCAUGACAUUUUAGUGACCACCAAAAACUGCCACCAUCUUCCCAUAUGAUCUAGCGCCAUUUUAAAAGUCUGAUCUAGGUUUUCAACGAAAAGAACAUUCAAAACUGUACUCGUUUAGCUUUAAAUAAACAGUUAUGAUGACAGAAUCAGG